GUCUUACGGUUUCCCCACCGGAGAUUGUGGUGAAGAUUGAGAGAGGCAAUGAGGAGCCAUUGGAUGGAGCUGUAGGUGACAGGAUGGUGAAUGGAGUGGUUGGUGAUCUGUGGGGUAAUAAGCGCCCAGGAUCCUGUGAGGAGGAGGGUGGUCCCAGCGUCAGUCCAGCAGGGGGCGUUAUCACCAGAAGAUCUCUAAGAUUAGUAAAGAGAAACUCCGGACAGUGGACAGAAGAGAAAAGAUCAAAACCAAAUGCCAAGACCAAGGUGAAAACGGCAGCAGAUGCUCUAGGCCACUCUCCCGCCCCCACCCAGGACUGGACUCUGCUCAGGACCACCCUACACCAUGGAGCUGGACCCCCAUCUCCUGGCCCCACUCCCCUGGAGAAACCGGAUCCAGAGGAGAAACUCCACACGUGCGCCCAGUGCGGCGAGAGCUGGAGCCGCCUCAUCGACUUCCUAACCCACCAGAUGGGCAACUGCCAGGACCGGCCGCACCGCUGCAACAUCUGCUCCAAGACCUUCGCCAAGAAGCAGCAUCUGAACGCCCACCAGAGGACGCACACCGAGGACCGCCCCUACACCUGUCACCAGUGUGGGCGGAGCUUCAGGCAGAACUCCACCCUUACCACCCACCUGUGGAGUCACGCAGGGCACAAGCCCUUCCACUGCUCCUGCUGCACCAAGAGCUUCAGCCGCAAGACUGACCUGGUGGCGCACAUGAGGAGACACACGGGCGAGCGGCCCUACGAGUGCCCCUACUGCUGGGACCGCUUCAUACGGAAGAAGUCUCUACAGCGCCACCUGCAGAAACACACCGGGGAGAGCCUGCGGAGCGGCUGGGAGAUAGACUACCCCCGAUGGAAGCAGAGCCCCAGCUUCAUGGAUAGGAAUCUGAAGAUGGAGGCGAUGCCUACAGAUGAGAUGUCCACCCAUAUGACCCCUGAGCCCACCCCAGAGCUGUUACUCCGGUGGGAUUCAGAGCGGAGGGUGGAGCCCCCCCCAUACAGAGAACGACCGCCACCACCGCCGCGGCAGGAACUAGUGCCGAUAGCCGAACCAAUGAAAACAGAAGAAGAAGACGAGAAGCCCCUACCAGAGGCCAUCACCAAGAUGGAGCAGAGCACCCAGACAGAGAGCAAAAGGCCCAGUCGACUGCAACAGGAGAUGCUCCGGGAGCUCAAGAGGUUCCGUAGGAGCACGGCGCAGGCUCAGCGCGAGCGGGAUCUGAUGAGAUCGGCCAUGGACCAGAUGGCCCAGGAGAUGAGGGAACUGAAGGAGAUGGUUGCCUCACUCUGUCCUCCCAGCGGGGGUUACUACCGCCCUUCACCUCGGCCCUCUGCCAUCUUGGUGCAGAAUUCCUGCCCAGUGUUGAGCCGACCCCCUGAGGACAGGCAGUCCACCGAGUCUAGUCGGGCAUCCCCAGAGAGCAGCCUGCAGUGCGGGUACAGUUACCCCCUGGAGACCCUCACCGAGCAGAACCGGGAGCAGAUGUCCUGGAUGUACGAGAAUCCCCCUGAGGAUGACAUGUUACCUACUACAACUAUAAAGCGGGAAGAGGAAGACGAGGAGGAGGAGUGCGAUCUGAGCCCUGAGGCCGGAUACUAUGACUCCUGCCGGAUCGGUGAGCGGCUUCCCAACAUCCCCAUGAAGCCCCUUAGCGCAGAGGAGGAGUGGAGCCUUCUGGCCCGGAGCGCGGGAAAACCGGGGAGGUUCGCAGCCCUCGUCUUUCGGGCUGUAGUCCCCUUCGACAUCUACAGGAGCUGGGUGAACAGGGUGAACCUGGAUGGCCUGAGGGGCAGGCAGGGGAUCCCGCUGAAUGUCAAGAGGCGAGUGAUGGCCGUGGUGGAGCGCCACUUCAACCUGCGCAAGUUCGACCAUAGCGAGAUCCGCAACAGACUGAAUGAACAACUGCGCACGCGCCGAAAGAGCGGCAAACACCCCCAGUGCGGCCCCCCAGAGAUACAACUCCUCAACAGGUAGAGGAGGGGACAGGGGGCGGAGCUAGCAGUCUAUGAGCAUCCUAUGUUACACCAGUAGCCUUCCUAAAGUACAAUAUAAUAAGGUUAUUAUAUACAAGAGCAAAGGAUGAUGGGAAACGCCCCCAGGAUUGAUCUCCAUAUUACAUCCUCUGCUUCCGUUCUCUUUUUAUAGAACAAUGAUUUCAGGGGCAGCCUAUAAAUGUUAUGGGAUCUCCCAGAGUCGUAUUCGGUGACAACUCCCACAGGCACAGUAAUGGCGGCCGACGGUGGUCACCCGGUAACCAUCUGUGUAAAAAAUCAACAACCCCAAAGAAUAUAUGGAAUCUGUACCAGAGGAAGACUCGCCAGGGGGCGCUAUUAUCAGAGAGGACGACUCGACUGUGGGGGGCACUAUUAGAGAGAACGACUCAACUACGGGGGGCGCUAUUAUCAGAGAGGACGACUCGACUACGGGGGGCACUAU